UUUUUUUAUAGAGCUGUUUAUUUAUAUAGGAGGCGUAAAAAAAGCAAGGAUAUAUGAAACUGUUUAAAUUUGCAUCUAUUUUUUUCACAGUUAUUGAAGCGCUACUACGACGACGCUACAGGUCUGCAAAACGACUUGCAAAAAGUAACUGCAUUAAUACCCAAAAUUGGACGUUUUCGCCUUAUCUUGUAACACAAUCAUCGAAAGAGCAAAGAAAAAUUUUUUCUCUUCUUAUGAUGAUGACCCCCUUAAUUCACAUGUAAACAAGAGCUAAUAAGAUGCAAUAUCAACAAAAUGGAGACGGUGCAAAUUCCUCCCUAAGAAAGAAAAUACGCCUGUUUUUUUCUUAUAAAUAAGCUGAUUUUUGCUCUUUUUUUUUCGUUUUCUUCUUUCUUUCUUCAUCAU